UGCGAAACUUGACGCAUACGACUCAUUUGAUUUCCUCUUCACUUUUAGCCGGGAAUAUACUAUCCUCUGGACUCUGUUCCUCUAAGAUAUCCCGCAUUCGCGACUUGCGUGUCCCGCGCCACUGAGAUCAGUACCUAAAAUCUUCAAUUAAACUACGAUCAAAAUGCCCGCCUCCGUCCACUCCGAAGAACAAGACCAGUCCAUGCUGGACGCCUCCGCGCCCCAGGAAGAGCAGACCGACAUCCUCGAGCUAGACGAGAAGCGCAUUGUUGUCUUGCCCGGCUCGUCCGACACCGCAGCUUCGUUCCAAUUCGAGGGAGAGGGUCACACUCUGGGUAAUGCGCUGCGAUAUGCGAUUAUGAAGAACCCCGAAGUCGAAUUCUGCGGUUACACUAUCCCCCAUCCUUCGGAGACGAAGAUGAAUCUUCGCAUUCAGACUUAUGAAACAACCACCGCCGUCGAAGCCCUCGAAAAAGGUCUCGACACUUUAAUGGACCUCUGUGAUGUCGUUACGGAUAAGUUCACCACUGCCCGGGAUGACUUUAAUGCUGCACAGGCGGAUCGCAUGGAGGCUUAGACAUAUAUUCUUUUUUUUUAUACAUAUUAUAGACUUCUGGGUGGUUUUUGGCUUGUGAUUUGUAUGUGUGUGUGUGUGUAUGUUUCAUGUCUUGCUAUUUGAUGGGAUUGAUGGCGUUGUGUGUGUGUAGAAAAGUUAUACCUUUUCCUUCUUUCUUUA